AUGAAGGUGUCGUCACAACUUGCUUACGCGCGCGUAAAGAAAGAAGAAGAAAAAGAAGAAAUGACGACAUCAACCGCGAAAACAGCAGCACAUGCAACACACGCGGCAGCAAAAACUACAGAAGCGCACACGUGGCGAGACGUGGCGAACGAGUACCUCCCGAACGAAGUCGCCGAGGCCAUCUCGAAAGAAGAUCCACAACGGUUUGAACGUUUAAUCGAAAGUUUAGAAACGGUGGCCAGUUUACGAGCUUUGUCCACGCGGCCGCUGGAGGAGGAGGAAGAAGAGGAAGCAAAAAGGACUUCUUCCUCUUCUUCUUCACCGGUGUUUGACAUCACGAGUUUAUUGAGAAGUCAUUUAGUCUCGAAACCGUUCCGGGCGACGAAAGAUGUGCGCAUCAUUGUUACUCUGGUCAAUCAUUGUUUCGCGGUGGCGUUGGCGGAUAACGACAUGAGAAUCGAUUUGAAAACGCGCACGAAAUGGGCUAAUUUAGCGAAAACGACCUUAUCGGUGUUCGAGGGCCAGUUGGAUGAGGUUUUAGAGAUUGAUUGGAAACCAAUAAUGGAUAAAGUCAAUCACGUUUCUCAAGGCGAGGUGAACGAAUACUACGGUCCAGUGGUUUUAGCCGAGUGGCGGUCGACGAUUUCGGCGUUAGCGAGAGCCAGUCGGAGGUAUUUCAAGUUGGGGAGCAGCGAGGAGAUUUGGGAGGCGAGUAAGAAGAAUCUGGAGAACAUUUGGUCCGAGGAGUGUUUCACCUCGUUGGCGUUUAUGGUGGCUUUUUUACCGACGAGACAUUUACGAAAUAAGCAAGGGAACGAAGAGGACGUGAAAUUUUAUAAACGAAUGAUCGAGGGAGAAAACGGAGAUUGGAAUCGUUUAUUCGACGCGUUGCCAAGUUCCGUGUUCUGGAAGUCAGGAUUUUUACAGCUGUUUUCGCAAUGCGCGAAACACGACGUGAGCGGGCGGAUUCAAUGGCCGGAGAGUUUGGACGCGAAGAUUUAUUCCGCCGCGUUGUGGAGCUUUCAGUUGAGUUCAUCGAACAACGGUGGUGGUAGAAAUGGCGGUGGGAACAACGGGUCGAAACAAUCGCAACAUUUACAAGUGAUGGCGAGUUCAGUGCGUUCGAUUGGAUCGCCGGCGACAAAAAUCGCGCCGAGAGUAUUAGAUACCGCGCACAGAGCGCGGUCGAUUGCCAAGUUUUUGGCGUUUCGGUCGCUGAAUUAUACGGCGACAACAAACGACGACGACGCAGACGAGAGGAAUAAUAGCGCGAACAUCAGUAGCACCAGCAACAACAACGGAGAGAAACUGUUUGACUUUCUCGAGCACUGUUAUCACCCAGACUCUCCCGGGAGCGACGCUUUAGCGUGGUUUCUCGAGCAUUUCGUCGCGUACUUGGAAAAGGCAAAGUAUCGCGCCGAGACGGAAGAAACUGUUGGUCUAGGUCCGUUUACGGGGAAGCAAGACGAAGAGUUGACGAAGAUGGCUUUAAUUGCCGAUCGAUUGUGUUCUAGGGCGAUCUUUUCCAAACACGGUCACACGAAACACGUCGCCGUAAAAUCAAUCGGGAAGUUGUGCUACAUCACACCCAAACACACGGUGUAUGCCGCUUUGAGUAGAUUCGAAAACACGCUUCAACAGGAAGAUUCUUCACACCAAAUAUCCACGGCGAUUGAAGCGUUGGCGUUGGUGACACGAUCGAUGUUGGUGAAUAUUGAUCCGAACGAGAUUUUCGUUCAGCCUGAACACGCGGAAGCGCUCUCGCAGGCAGGUGAGAAUGGCAGCGAUAGGAUGGAAGCGUUGGACGAAGUCGAAGGGUAUUCCACCGGCGCGUUUGUCGUCUCCGCAUUGGAAGCGACGCUUCCGUGCAUUGACGUCAACGACGCGGCGAAAACGAACGCGGCGUUGAAGUUUUACACGAUUUUACUUUCCUCUGUAUCCAAUUUGAUCGAUCCAGGGGAGGAGAAUUGCGUGCCGCAACUACCAGUCGUUUGGUCCGAUUGGACGUUGGAGGUUUUAGAACGAGUUUUCGCCGUGCUCGAACACGCGCAACCAGAAGCGUCUUCAAACAACCACAGCGGCAGUUCCGGCGGUGUCGGUGAAUCCUCGGAGCAAUCCGCCUCGUUCCUAAUGAACGCGAAUUGCAUGUUCACGCCCAUGUUUCGAACGCUUUUGAUUCGCUUACCGGAGGAGUCGCGUAAACUUGCCAUUCGCAAAAUUGCGAGGUUCAUUUUCACGAAUACCUUACCGUCCGCGACUCGAGAAUUGGGCAUCUUAGUUUCUUCGGUGUUUAUCGCGUCGCCGAGCGAAGCAACGAAAGAAAUUUUCAACCCUAUGUUCGAUAUGCUUUCACUGGAAUUGAACGAGGCGCAAUUGGAUGCGAAACGAUCGGGUGAACUUUCCAAAGCACGAAUAAACCGGUUAUCGUACAUCGUUGGCGUCAUAUCGCUUGGUUUUGAUCGCGCGCACACGACAUCUUUAGCGACGUUAAAAGACAAGGUUGUGCAAUCGAGUCGACGACUGUUCGCAUUAGCGGAAUCUGCGCGAUCGAAUCCAGUUUUGUACAUCGCCGGACCUUUGUUAUGUCGGUACUGUUUAGCUUUAGGCAACGUCAUCGAUCAGCUCGACGCGCAGCAAUCGGUCACGCAAGACGACGAAGCGAUUAAGAAAGGCAAGCGUCAGUACGCAGAUUGGGUCGCGUUACGAUGGAAAGUAUCCAAGGACGACACGUCUUUCGGCCCACCCGAUAUCGAAGCGAGAAAGAAACUGUGUCUGCCGAAACCUUUCAAUUGGGCGAGCGAGGAAGAUCAUCGAAUCAAGAACGAAGUUCUUCGCGAAAUCAUCGAAGAGUUUUUAAUCAAGUCCUCGGCAGAAAUGUCGGAAUUGUUCGAAGGUUGCGCGACGACCGCAAUUCAAAAUAUGGACAUUAACGAGUCUCCCGACGAUUCAUCCAUCAUCGAUCCUCGCUCCAUGUCGCCGAAGAGCACGAGUCAAGUUACCUUCGUCGAUCGAAGCGGAAGAAGCCCGUCGCCUCCCGCGGCGGCUGGGCUUACCGCCACGACGCUCGCGCCCUCAUCGUCGUCUGGUAACUCGCCAGCGAGUUUACAAAAACGCCAAUCGCUCGCCGAGAUUGCAAAAGUGAGUAAAAUCGGCAGCAUCGGUCAGUUCUCGUCCUUGAACGAUAUGGAAGAUUACAAUUGUCGUCGACACCGCGUGCGUUCAUUAGCGGCGAGAAUCGGUGCAGUCGCCACGGGUCUCACCGCGCGGAUCCCCGAUUUUAACGAAGAUUCAGCGUCUGCAGAUUUAGCCAUUCACGGCGAAAUGCCUGGUUCGUUGGUUUUUGACAUGCAAACGCGUCACGCCGCUGCGGAAGCGUUGAGUUUAGCGCUCGAAAACCACGAAUCGGACGACGCGGUGACGUUGACGAUUGUCGCGAGGGUCGCCGAGGAGAUUUUGUCUCCUUCAAAUUCCACAUACCACGCGGCUAAAGCCGCCAUGCGGGCCUGGGCGGAAGACUCCGCGAGUCUGCGAAUGCCGCACCCUGGACGCAAAAAGAAAAACAUCAUGCUCGGUGCGAAAAUCCCGGAAUUAUAUCCGCGAUGGUUGGUGUACGAAUACACUCGCAUUAAACAUCACUGGCGACGGGCGCAAGCGGUAUAUUUUAGAGAGUCGAGCGGUGAAUACUGCAGUAGUGCCGUGUUGAGACAAAACUCCAGUUGCGUUCGAUUACUCGCCGCAUUGCGAUCGUGUGCUAUCAACAAUACGUACGUGAGCGUUCGCGCCGCGGCGAGGCAUGCCAUUGAAACUGACUUGGAACGUUAUCCGAAAGAAGCACCCCGAGUCGUCGAGAGUUCCGCGGAUUCGCUCAUGAUCCCCGAAGAAAACGAAGACCGAUGUCGCGCGGCGUGUGAGGUUUUGAAAACGAAUUCGAGCAUCGUCGCGACGACGCAAACCUCCUCGGAAUCAUUGUUGAAGUUUGCCUACGCGCUUUUACAGGCGAGAUGCAUUCACGAUACGGUCAUUUCCCAACAAGCGGUUUCGGAAACCUUCGUAAACUUUGCGGCUCGAUUUUCUCGACGUUCCAUGGAUUUACUCAACUAUUCCACCGAUGGACCAACGCCUUUGAUGAACGAUUUAGUCAAAUAUAUUUUCCAUCCUCCGGACGAGCGAGCGAAACAUUGGAGCUUUCAAUCGAUGGCGACUGCGUUUUUCAUGUUUACGCUCGUUUCGGAUUGUUCGGAGAAAUCUGUUCGGAACGCGACGCGAAUCUUCCUCGAAGGUUUAACCAGUGACUCCAGACCGACCUGGCUUCCGAGCGCGUGUGGGUUGCUUCUCGUCAGUCGGUAUAAGAAUUUUGAGGAUCAGAUGCUCGUGGAUGCGGUGAACACGGAUUUUGAAAACACGCGAGAGUUGUCGGAGAAACUCUUGUACUCCUUCGCGGCAGCGAGAGGCGAAGACACGAAUCGCGACAUCGGCGAUCGCGGGGCAGGUGGGCAACAGUCGAGAUCUGCUUUACUCUCGCAAGCUGGAGAGUCUUUAUACGGCGUCGGUCACGAACUCGCCGGACCGUUUCCAAAAGUGUGCACGCGAGCGAUGGAAGGCAUAGCGACAACGCCUGGCGUCUUCAUCACUGUCUUUUCGAGAUUGUGGGAAAUGCUUUUUAAAGCGAGACCGAACUUACUUCGCGAAACGGUGGAUGAUGUCAUUGGUGAAAUACAAGCGCACGAAGACGACGCGCGAUCUGUGUCCUCGAAGAAGAAGAAAUCGUCGGCAGAAGGUGGCGGCGGAGGAGGAGAAGGAGGCUCCUUAUCGCCGGGCAGACGCAAAAAGCCGAACACGAACUUCGAUUCUACGACGACGACUACAACAUCGUCUGCUGCCGUCCCCGCUUUGGACAACACGGCUAUUUCCGCGCGUGCCGAAGCGGUCGCCGCUGCCGUGCGCUUAUGCGACGAAAAAGCGACCGAUUUACUCCUUCGAAAGACGCGAGGAAACACGUCGGAUAUUUCACGCGAAACGUGGCUUCGCGCUUUGGCGUUUUCAAUCGCCGAACGGAGCGAUAAGGAGCACUUCAAUUCGAUGUUUCUGAGAAUGAUUGAAAAGUUGCCAUUGACAUCUGCGUCCAUGUUAUCGCAAAUGCGACGAUUGGAAUCUAUCGCCAUCUUCGUCGCGGAGAGCGCUCGCUAUUCGCUUGACGAUCACGUCGAGUGCAAGAUGAAGUUGAUUGAAGAGAUGAGAGACGUCGAGGGCUCCGCGGCGAAUUCGCCGUUUGUGCACGAUUCUCAGGGCGUGAGAAAUGCAGGCGCGCACGUCGCCGCAAAAUUAAUCUCGUUGAACAGAAACGCGGCGAGGUUCAACCUUGACAACAAUGAUGUUUCGGCGAAUGAGGCGAAGCUUCGCGCUGAGCUCGAUGCGUUUGUGGGUGAUUUCUUAGCCUCUCGCGUGGACGCGGAAACUGAAAUCCUCAUCGGUAGUGACGAAGUGGCGAGGCAAAUCGAUGCUUUGGCAUCCGGAGUAUCAUCAUCCGUGGCGGUAGCGGGGACUGGAGAAGAAGUUUCCGAAGAAGUCAAAAGAGCGCGCAGAUUUCUCGAAACUAUCUUCACGAUGACGAAGCUUCUCAUUCUCAUGGGUGACAUCAUGUCCAUCUCUGACCUCGUGCCGACGCUCAUUCGAUCCGCGUUGCUUUGCGCCGAAAACACCUCGGACUUACAUUUCGGCUCCGAAGCGAAAUCGUGUUUGAUCGCCUUGCGUUCCGUCUUGUUCACGGAAAGCGGCGGCAACAGCUCGCGAGCGGCGACUUUGUUUCAAGACAUCGUCGACGACGCGCUUUUACCGUCCAUGAAAUCUUCUUUCUGGAAGACGCGAAAACAAACCUCCCUCUUCGCCUCUGCGUUUGCGUUUCGACACAUGUUUGUCCUCGACGAGGAAACGCAAAUCGACAAGCUUCAAAACACAAUCGCGAACGAGUUGUUGGAAGACCCGCGGGUGGAAAUGCGCGAGGCAGCGCGAGAUAGUCUCUUCGCCUUCCUCUCUGGCAAACGAAGAGAAGCGUUCACGGCGCAAACGGAGUUGAAAUUCGUCGAGCGUUUCUCCUCUUCCUCGGUCUCCGCUUCCGUCGUCGCGUCUUUACCGCAAGACCAAACCUCCCUCGUCCAACGCCAUGCGGUCAUCCUCGCGCUCUCCGCUUUACUCCACUCCAGCAGUGCGAUCAUAGACGACGACCCGCCACUUUGGCUCAAAAAAUCCAUCAUCCUCGCCGCCCAGUGUUCCUUCGAUGUCGAUCCUAUCAAAGACUGCGCUCGAAAAGCCUUCGCGGAGAUGAAGAAAAAAUUACACCAAAAAGAAAAUUUUGAAAAGUUCAAAAGAGCGUUUUCCGAGCGAGAGUGGGACGAUAUCGUCAGCGUCGGGUUUGAAUACAACGCCAGUUACAUGGUUUAA